CUCGGGAGUCCAGCCGGAGGGUUUUCACCAGGUGAUGCUGUCCGGACCCGACUGACACGAUGGAUCCCUCUUCUCCGCGAGGCCGGAAGCGGCCUUCCCCCUGGCUGUCGGUGUGUUUCAUCCUCAUCUACCAAGCCCAUCUUUCCUGGGGUGUUGACAGAGUCAACCUUUCUGACUGGAAGGAAUUCAAUAACAGCGACAGCAGCAGGAUAAAGCAGCAGAAAUGGGACACCGCUUCCCAGGGAGGGCAGGACCUCCAGAUGGCAGCUGCUGCGGUAGAAACCAGCUCGUCUUCCAGCCGGACCGAAGCGUCCAACCUGAGGUCCUCGAGCACGGAGAGGACACCCGCCUCCUCAUGGGCCGUCAGCUCUGACCAAUCAUCGGCACCACCUCGUCAAACGGCAUCCAGAACUGUGUCAUCUAGCCAAUCACCAGGCACCACGACACAAACCAGCCAAUCACCAGGCACCACGACACAAACCAGCCAAUCACCAGGCACCACGACACAAACCAGCCAAUCACCAGGCACCACGACACAAACCAGCCAAUCACCAGGCACCACGACACAAACCAGCCAAUCACCAGGCACCACGACACAAACCAGCCAAUCACCAGGCACCACGACACAAACCAGCCAAUCACCAGCUGGCACGACACAAACCAGCCAAUCACCAGGCACCACGACACAAACUAGCCAAUCACCAGGCACCACGACACAAACCAGCCAAUCACCAGGCACCACGACACAAACCAGCCAAUCACCAGCUGGCACGACACAAACCAGCCAAUCACCAGGCACCACGACACAAACCAGCCAAUCACCAGCUGGCACGACACAAACCAGCCAAUCACCAGGCACCACGACACAAACCAGCCAAUCACCAGCCGGCAAGACACAAACUAGCCAAUCACCAGCUGGCACGACACAAACUAGCCAAUCACCAGGCACCACGACACAAACUAGCCAAUCACCAGCUGGCACGACACAAACUAGCCAAUCACCAGCUGGCACGACACAAACCAGCCAAUCACCAGGCGGCACAACACAAACUAGCCAAUCACCAGCUGGCACGACACAAACCAGCCAAUCACCAGGCACCACGACACAAACCAGCCAAUCACCAGCCGGCAAGACACAAACCAGCCAAUCACCAGCUGGCACGACACAAACUAGCCAAUCACCAGGCACCACGACACAAACCAGCCAAUCACCAGCUGGCACGACACAAACUAGCCAAUCACCAGGCACCACGACACAAACCAGCCAAUCACCAGCUGGCACGACACAAACUAGCCAAUCACCAGCUGGCACGACACAAACUAGCCAAUCACCAACAAUCUCAGCUGGAAAAUCAUUAAGCGGCACAACAACAGCCAGCCAAACUCCACCCAAUACAGCACCAGCCAGCCAAACUCCACCAAAGAAGGCACCAGCUAGCCACUCUCCAACCAGCACAACAAAAUCCAGCCAAUCACCAACCAACCCAGUGCCAGUGCGCAAUGCACCGGCCAAAAUCGCAUCCGACCAUUCAGCAGGCAAAACCACGAAACCUAGCCAAUCAUCAUCGAGCCAAACGCCAUUAAACCAAUCGACAACCGGCCCAAAAACAACAAACCAAUCAUCCUUCACCUUAACAUCCAAUCAAUCACCAACCAGUUUAACAGGAGCUAACCAAUCCAGAAACGGCUGGAAAACACCACACCACGACCAAUCGCAGACCAGCUCAGUGUCGUCCAACCAAUCACCGUCUGGUUCCCCGGGAAACGCAGUCAGAGGAGACGAGCGUCCAGCCAACUUUUCCCUGCUCGCCAGGCAGGUGAAGGAAGCCCUGAGGUCGUCGUUUCGUAGGAUUCAAGAGCCGUGCGCGCUGCCGUGCCUCAACGGGGGUCAGUGCGCCGCGGGGGAGUCAUGUGACUGCAGCUUGUACCAGGCCACUGGACACAGGUGUCAGACAGUUCCGAACCCCGGCUUCGAGAGGGAGAUGACCUGCCGGUCGUGGGGUCAGUACAACUUCGAGACCUUCGACGGCCUCUACUACCACUUCCCCGGUCGGUGCUCGUACACCCUGCUGAGGGACUGUGAGGAAACCACCCAGGCCGGCCUCGUGGUCCAGGUCCACAACGACCCGGACUGCCGCUCCGCCCCCUACACCUGCCACCGCUCCGUCAGCCUCUUCCUCCCGUGGGACGGUGAGCUUCGGCUGCACGCCAACAACGUGACCUUCGAGGGUCAAAGCCUGCAGCUGCCGCGUCACAUCCACGACCUGCAGCUGGAGCGCAUCUCCCAGUACGUGCUGGUGACGCAGCAGCGCGGCUUCACGCUGGCCUGGGACGGGCGCGGCGGCUCCGUGUACAUCAAGCUCAGCCCGGAGUUCGUGGGACGGACCUGCGGCCUGUGCGGGAACUUCAACGCCGACGUCCAGGACGACCUGAAGACCAGCUACGGUGUGCUGACUCACGAUGUCGAAAUGUUUGGGAACAGCUGGGUGGCGGCCGAGCCCCACGAAGCCCGAUGUCCCAUGGUGCACUCUGGCUUCUCUUCACCCUGCGCUGCAGUCGAAGCUCACGUCCUGCUGGAAGUGGAGGACGUGUGUGCGACGCUGCUGGAGCCGCCGUUUCAGAGCUGCCACGACCUCGUGAGCCCGCUGUCCUACAUGGCCAGCUGCUCCAACGACCUCUGCAUGUCGGGUCCCAGUGGCGAUGCGGUAUGCCAGGUGUUCAGCGAGUACGCCCGGGCCUGUGCCCACGCCGGCCACCCACUGCACGACUGGAGGCGGCACAUUCCUCAGUGUGCGAAGCAGUGUCCUCCGGGUCUGCAGCACAGGGAAUGCAUCAGCUGCUGCCCGGCCUCCUGCAACCUGGAGCGGACGUGCAUCGACAGCAAGCUGGCCUGCCUGGAUGGAUGCUACUGCCCCGACGGUCUGAUUUACGAGGACGGAGGCUGCGUGACGCCCUCCGACUGUCCGUGCGAGCACCGCGGCCUGUUUUACCCGUCUGGACGGACGCUGCAGGAGGAGUGCAGCAGCUGCACAUGCGAGGGUGGAGUGUGGAACUGCACCGACUACAGCUGCCCAGGCGAGUGCUCGGUGACCGGCGACAUGUACUUUCACUCCUUUGACGGGCGGCGCUACACCUUCUCGGCCACAUGCCAGUACGUCCUCGCCAAGAGCCGCAACUCGGGGAAGUUCACGGUGACCGUCCAGAACGCCCCCUGUGGAGCCAACUUGGACGGGGCCUGCAUCCAAUCGGUUAGCCUGGUUAUUGACGAGGAUCCGAGAACGGAGAUCACGCUGAGUCACGUUGGCGAGGUCUUCAUGGCCGGACAUUACCGAAUCUCCCUGCCGUAUUCUGACGACGUCUUCCACAUCCAGGAGCUGUCGUCCUCGUUCCUCCAGGUGAAGACGGCGUUCGGCCUGCGUCUGCAGUACAGCUGGAGGGAGUUCCGUCUCUACCUGCAGGCCGACGAGCUGUGGAGGGACGGCACCGCGGGCCUGUGCGGAACCUUCAACGGCAACAUCCAGGACGACUUCCUAUCUCCGUCCGGCAUGAUCGAAAGCACUCCUCAGCUGUUUGGGAACGCCUGGAGAGUCUCGUCGGCGUGUUCCACGAGCCUGAGCGCCUCGCCGCUCGACCCCUGUGACACUCACCAGCAGGCCGCGGCCUACGCCUCCGAGAUGUGCGACGUGCUGAACCAGGAUCUGUUCUCCGGCUGCCACGAGUACCUCAGUCCGACGUCCUUCCACCAGCAGUGUCGCUCCGACACCUGUAAGUGCGGCGCGCCCUGCCUCUGCUCCGCGCUGGCCCACUACGCUCGCCACUGCCGCAGAUUCAACGUCGUCGUGGACUUCCGGUCGCAGAUUCCCGACUGCGCCGCCGCCUGUCCCGCCACCAUGCGGUACGGCACCUGCGUGUCGUCCUGCCAGCGCCGUUGCUCCGCCCUCUCCGUCCCGCAGCACUGCGGGGAGGAGUGCGAGGAGGGCUGCGUCUGCCCGCCGGAGACCUUCUACAACCAUCGAACUCACACCUGCGUGCACAGGAGCGAGUGUCCGUGCAGUUUCCUCGGAGCUGAUUACGAACCGGGAGAUGUGAUCAUGACCUCAGCAGGUGUUCAACUUUGCCUGGACGGUAAACUGGCGUCUCAAACCUCAGACAGCGACAUGUUGUGUCCGGCUGGUCAGCGAUACCAGAACUGCUCAGAGGGGGGCGAUGGCUUCCUGUCGGGGAGGGGCGUGGCCUGCGAGCACACCUGCGAAUCCUUCCUGCUCAACCUCACCUGCUCGUCACAUGAGCCCUGCGUGACCGGAUGUAUCUGCCCUCCUGGCUCGCUGAAGCACGGAGACGAGUGCUUUGAACCUGCUUCCUGUCCCUGCCUGUGGAAAGGAAAGGAGUAUUACCCCGGCGACAGAGUCUCCUCCCCCUGCCACCAGUGCGUUUGCCAGCAGGGGGCGUUCCACUGCGUGUUCCGGCCGUGCCCGUCCACGUGCACGGCCUACGGAGACCGGCACUACCGGACAUUUGACGGACUGCCGUUCGACUACGUCGGGGGAUGCAGAGUCUACCUGGUGAAGAGCAGCGGCGACGAGCUGCUCAGCGUCACCGCCGAGAACGUGGACUGCUUCCACAGCGGCGUGACCUGCAGGAAGUCUCUGCUCAUCAACAUCGGCCGGUCCUCCGUCGCCUUCGACGAAGACUCUGGGAAGCCAAACCCGUCGAGCGUGCUGGACGGGAAGCAGAGGAUGUUCAUCUGGCCGGCCGGAUACUUCACGGUGGUCCAUUUCCCCGACGACGACGUCACCGUCCUCUGGGACCGCAAGACCACCGUCCACGUCCAGGUCGGACCCCGCUGGCAGGGGAAGCUCAGCGGGCUGUGCGGGAACUUCGACGCCAAGACGGUGAACGAGAUGCGGACGCCGGACAACGUCGAGUCGCCGACGCCGCAGGAGUUCGGGAACAGCUGGACGGCAGCGGAGUGUGUGAACAGUCCAGACAUCAGACACCCCUGCAGCCUCAGUCCGCUCAGAGAGCCGUUUGCAAAGCGUCAGUGUGGCGUCCUGCUCAGCGAGGUCUUCCAGGCCUGCCACCCGGUGGUGGACGUCACCUGGUUCUACAUGAACUGCCUGGCCGACACGUGCGCCUGCAGCCGCGGCGGCGACUGCGAGUGCUUCUGCACCAGCGUGGCGGCGUACGCCCAGCGCUGCUGCCACCACGGCGUCCCCGUGGACUGGCGCUCCCCGUCUCUGUGCCCGUAUGAUUGUGAAUUCUACAACAAAGUUCUGGGUAAAGGUCCCUUCAGGCUGGUGACCUUCAGGGACCGGGCCGCGCUGUUGGCGGCCAGCGGCUCCAGCGGCGCCGUGUUCAUGCAGCGCGGAAACUUCAGCGCCGCCGCCGCCGCCGGAGUCCUGUCGCAGUUCAUGGUGACGCCGGGCCUCAGCAGAGCCCGACCGCACGUACCUUCUUCUUCCUCCUCACCAUUUUUUCUCUCCACAGACACAUCGCGGGUUUCCUUCGAGGCGGCCGACAGACCGAACUACUUCCUGUCCGCGAGCCCCGGCGGCCAGGUGAGGCUGGCCAAGUGGGAGGAGAGCGAUGCGUUCUGGGACGGCGCCACCUUCGUCCUCCACAGGAACACCUGGACCCCCGGCUACGACGCGCUGGAGUCCCACGCCAGGCCGGGCUUCUUCCUGCACGCCACGCCGCUCCGCCUCCACCUGCUCAAGUACCGGCACGCCGACAGCUUCCGCAAGGCCACGCUGUUCAGGCUCACGGGCCCCAGCGCGGACGCCCUGCCGGGUCCUCGGUGUCAGUGGCGGUACGAUUCCUGCGUCGUCCCCUGCUUCAAGACCUGCAGCGACCCGUCCGCCGAAGCCUGCGUCGCCAUCCCACAAGUGGAGGGCUGCCUCCCCGUGUGCCCCCCCCACAUGGUCCUGGAUGAGGUCACUCGCCGCUGUGUCUUCGCUGAAGACUGCAUUAAGGGCCCAGUGGCUGUGCAGCCUGUAACGCCAUCUUCUGCUUCUGAGACUUAUGCAACCACCACAAGCUCUGCUGCCUCCACCAGCCCCCUCCAGACCACCAGCACCACAGCAUCCUCCACCCUUCCGCUCACCAUUCCCACCAGUGAAACCACCACCACUAGUCCCGUUGUUAGCACCUCGUCUGAAGCACCGCCGGCCCCUGAAGAGCUGACCCAUCCGGUCGCCGCCUCUACUUCUGCAGCUGCUGAACCUUCCAGGACAUCAGGACACCCGUCUCCUCCAACAGCGCCCCCUGCUGUCAGGCCGGAGGUGGAGGAGUCGCUGUCUACUGUCAGAGAGACUGAAGCUUCAGCUGCGGCGUCGACGACGACCAGAGCUGCGAGCUCCACCGCCGCCUCCUUCGGCCCCAUCACAUCCAGAACGAGCAGCGCUCCUUCCGCCGUCACGUCUCUAUUCUGGGCUACCUCCUCCGUCAAGCCCACCGACCUCCUGCCGCCGCUCUCCUCCACCUCUGCUGCCACAACCCUGCAGACACCUACCGCCGCAGCACCAACCGCAAGCUCCGUCCAAGGGCCAACUUCCAUCGGUACCCCUCCUCCCGUUGUCGUGCACCCGACCACAGAGACCACAGAGGCCACAACGCAUCCAGCAGCAGUCGCUCCGGUUGUAACCGCCUCGAGUCCAAGUCCUGCUCCGGUCUCAGAGACCGCUCCAGUUACAGACCGGACUACUGUUCCCAGUACCGUUGUGAUAACUGACACCAGCACAAAGCCGGUAACAGUGGAGCAACUUCCUCUAACACCACCAACAAUAACAACUACUACACCCAUUCCUUCAGGUUUACCAAGCCUGGCCUCGGUGACCUCCUCGCCUCUCCCGAUCUCACCUCCUGUUGAAACAGGAACUACAUCUUUACCCACAGUCACUUCCGCUAAAACCACGGAACCAGUCACACCAGUUGCACCUUUCUCCACCAGUAAGACACCACCAUACGUAAGUCCAGAAACAACAUCACCAGCUGCUGCCACAGAGAAGAUUCUGCACACCACUCCCACUGAACUUAGGACUUCUACAACAGCUGUCCCUGAGACACCAACGUCAUCUCCAUUCCACGUUGCACCGACUACAACUGCACCAUCUGCUCCUUCCUCCGCUGCAACAGACUGGAGAACCACAACACGGAAAGUGACCAUACUUGAAUCCACUGUGUCUGAUAUACCGGGAGCUUCCACAACAACGGCUGCACCGCCACUUACAAAGAUUACCGACAUCCCAACUUCUCCCGCGUCCACCACCACGACUUAUGCAGAUAGAACCUCCUGGUCUACCGCCGCCCCAACGGCGGAGAAAACCACUCUGACCACAACCUCCAGACCUCCAGAGAUGUCCACUGUGUCCACAGGCCCUCCUGUUACGACAAAACCAACUGUACCGCCAAUGCCUCCUACGGAAACCACCGCUGGGCCACGUUUACCGGCAGCAGACAGCUCCACCCAUCCUGCGUCUACCGUUCGUACCUCCGAGCCGUGGCAUCGGGACACCUCCUCCGCCUCGCUCUACACAGGGAAGACGCUCCCAGAGGUCACCUCCAAAACUGUCAUCCUUGAAGUCACUUCCACUAAAACUACCGAAGCGCCUCUCCUUCCCGUGACGUCAACGCCGUUUGUUACCUCCGCGACAUCCGCUCCCGCCGCGGUCACCAGGACCAAAACUACAACGCUUCCUGAAAUCUCAACCGCAGAAAUUGCUGUCACGACGAGCAGGAUCGACCUGGCUACUCCCUCGCCGCCACCUGCGCCUGGUGUUCCUGAGACGCAUCCCACCACCAGCUCUACAAGAGCUCCACCGGGUGUCGUCACCACGACGCUCAGACCCGUCACUCUGCAGCCGACUACAGAGACGACACAGCCGGCGACCGGCGGAGCGGAGGUCACAACGAGAGCUACGACCACGCCGCCUCCAUCUUGGUCACCGGCGCACACGACUACUACCUCAUCCGCAGUCACAAGGCCGACGACUGUCCAGGACGUAGUCACCACUCGGUCGGUGUCCACUGAAAGAUCUACGCCCGCUACAAUGAGCACCACCAUCGCACGAAUGACUGACGUCAGAUCGACGCCCAGGGUUCCCGUGACAACAGGAGUUACCCCCACAAUCACGUCGACUGAGGGGUCAACCGUCAGGCCGGUCACCGAAAGGGUUACCAUAGUAACAAGGCCCCCAGCAUCAACGACCAGCUCGACUACUCUCGGCCCACCGACCGCCCCGUCGAGUCCUGCAUCAACAACCACGUCAGGGAAGCCGUCUGCGUCCGUCUCAACAUCUGCCGGGUCGGUCGCCACAGCAACCACGGCGCCGCCUCCCGGCCUCGCCACCGCAAGCGCUCCGCCGCCUGUGGCGCCGCCUCCCGGCCUCGCCACCGCAAGCGCUCCGCCGCCUGUUCCCACUCUCGCGCGAGUCACGGUAUCGAGCGUCACCCCGACAACCACGAGAGAGUCAGCCGCACCUGAGGAAACCUCCACGACCAAAGAGAGUGACGCGCCGUCUCCGCCCGACACUCACCUGACCUCUACCCAGAAGCCCGCUGUUCCCACCACGACGCCGCUCCCAGCAGCCGCCUCGGUCCAAACCACCGAGCAGGACCGAGUCCAUCGCACCAGUCCGGGUGCCACGCCGCCUCCUGCAAUGGAAACGACCCGACACGCGGCAGAGGUGACGACGUCCAUGUCUGUAUGGCCUACGAGGCCGUGCACGCCGCCGUACGCAGAGAUCGUCGACGAGUGCACGAAGUACAUCUGCGUCAGCAACCAGCUCGUCCUGUUCAACAAAUCUCAGAGCUGCCCCUUCGCCGCAGAACGCCCCAACUGCGGCCUGCUCGGCUUCGCCGUCCUGGUCAACGGAGACAAGUGCUGCCCGAAGUGGGAGUGUCCAUGUCGCUGCUCCAUGUUUCCCGAUCUGAACGUGAUCACGUUCGAUGGGAACAGCGUCGCCGUCUACAAGGCCGCCUCCUACAUCGUGAGCCGGCUGCCCAACGAGACCGUCAGCGUCCUGGUUCAGGAGUGUCCCGCCGAUUCGGAGUCGGCACUCCUCUGGAACUUCACCAACCUGUGUCUGGUGGCGCUCAACAUCACGCACCACUCCCACCACGUCAUCGUCAACCGGCUGCAGCGGAGGCUCUACGUCGACUCGCGCUACGCCAAACCUCGCUUCAAGAAGUUCGGCUUCGAGAUCUACGACACCGGCAACAUGUACCUGAUCCGCAGCCCGGCCGGCCUCAAGCUGCAGUGGUACCACAGCACCGGCAUGAUGGUGAUCGACACCGGCGGCUCCGGCAACAAGCUCCGCACCACGGGCCUCUGUGGUUUCUGUGACGGAGACCCGACAAACGACCUGACUUUGGCCAACGGCACCACGUUGGGCGCCGGCGAGGAUCCGGACGCUUUCAUCGACAGCUGGCAGGUUCCCAACACCACCGGCUACGUCAGCCACAGCCGGCGCCGCGAGCUCAACUGCUCCACCAGCGACUGCUCCGGCUGCCUGCUCAUGCUGCAGAGCGACGCCUUCCACCGCUGCCACGCCUUCGUCCCGCCGAGCACCUUCUGUGAGGUUUGGGUACGAGAUGCAGAGUACGUCAACAACCAGUGUGUGGCGCUGGCCGCCUACGUGGCCUCGUGCCACAAAUUCAACGUCUGCAUCGAGUGGAGGAGGCCGGACUACUGCCCCUUCUCGUGCCCCGGCGCUCUCCGGUACCGGGCCUGUCUGCCGGCCUGCACGUCUCAGUCCUGCCCCAACCAGGACUUCGACUCGGACCCGGACCCGGACCAGUGCUCCGGCCUGACCGAGGGCUGCGAGUGCUCCGAGGGGACGCUCCUCCACCGGCCGUACUCCGCCCUCUGCAUCUCGCCGGACAAGUGUGCCUGCACCGACAGCGCCGGCGUUCCCCGUGCACACGGCGAGGUGUGGAAGGCCUCCAAGGACGCCUGCUGCGUGUACCGCUGCGACCACAACGACGCCGUCGUCCCCGUGGAGCACGACUGCUCCGGCGCGGCGCCGCCGCCGGUGUGCCGGCGAGCCGCGGAGGUGCUCAUCAGCCUGGCCGACGCCGCCGGCGGCUGCUGCCCGCAGGAAGUCUGCGUGUGCAACCAGAGCCUGUGUGACCUGAUCCCUCCGGACUGUAAAUACGGGGAGAAGCUGGCGUCGUACUACCGACAGGACUCCUGCUGCCCGGACUACGUGUGUGAGUGCGACCCUGAGCUCUGCGAGCCGGACGCUCUCGCCUGCAGAGACGACCACACGCUGAUCGCCACCAGAGCCGACGGCAGCUGCUGCCCCGCCUUCAUCUGCAUGUGUUCCUCCUGUCCGGAGACGCCGCCGCUCUGCCAGGACGGCGAGGUGCUGACGGUGGACCCCAACACCACGGACCGCUGCUGCCCCGCCUACCAAUGUGUGUGUGAGCCCUACAGGUGUCCUCUCCUGGUUUGUGCCAUUGGGAUGUCGGUGGCGUCCGUGUCCAGUCCCGGUCGCUGCUGUCAGAACCAAACAUGCGAGUGUUCCUGUGAAAAGAUCUCCUCCCCAAAAUGUGGCCUGGGAGAAGCCGCCCAGCUGGACCGGGCCUUCCUGUCCGACCCACAGAACCAGUGCGCCUGUAAAAGAUUCAAGUGCGUGCGCGAGGCGGUGUGUGUGUUCGGCGAGCGCGGCGUGCUGCGUCCGGGUCAGACUCUGGUGGAGCACCACGGUGACGGCGUGUGUCUCAGCCGGCAGUGCAGCCGCAGCAUCGACCCGACGAGCGGCUUCAACCUGCUGCGCUCCGACAGCAUCAACUGCUCCGCCCACUGCCAACCAAACCAGGUCUACGUCCCUCCGAAGGACCAGACGACGUGCUGCGGCGUUUGUAAGAAUGUUUCCUGCCUCUACGAACACGAGAACGGGACGACGCUUCUCUACAAGCCGGGGAAGUCCUGGGUAUCAAACUGCGUGAAGUUUGACUGCAGAGAUACUCGGUCGGGACCAACGCUCAUCUCCUACUCAUACAGCUGCCCCCCAUUCAACGAAACCGAGUGUAUGAAGAUCGGCGGAACCGUCGUAAGUUACAUGGACGAAUGCUGCAAGACGUGCAAAGAAGACGGGAAGUCGUGCCAGAAGGUGACGGUGAGGAUGACGAUCAGGAAGAACGACUGCCGCAGCAACCGGCCGGUGAACAUCGUGUCAUGUGACGGGAAGUGUCCGUCCGCCAGCAUCUACAACUACAACAUCAACACGUACGCUCGAUUCUGUAAAUGCUGCCGGGAGACGGGGCUGCAGCGGCGCUCCGUGCAGCUCUACUGCAGCGGCAACGCCACCUGGGUCAGCUACGGGAUCCAGGAGCCCACGGACUGCUCCUGUCAGUGGUCCUGAACACACACACACACACACACACACACACACACAUACAC